AAAUAGCCUGAGACAGCGGCGGCUUUUAUCACUUUUAUGUAUACAAAGGAGUAACAUGGAUACUACUACUACUCAUGAAAACGACGAUGAUGAAGACGACAUAAACCCAGUCACAAUGAUCCUACCAGAUGAACAAAACGACAACGAUGCUAAGAGAUUCUCUACGGUUCAACAACCACAGCAGCAUUACGUCCGUUCGAUCGACUCAACGGUGGUGAUCAGGCAGCUCCCAUCGCAAGGCAUCUCGUUCCAGCUCUGGCCCGCAGCAACCACUCUCGUCACCCUCCUAGAUCACCACCGCUGUGACCCUAGCAACAGUCCCUUGUCUUCCACACUCCUCGAUCAACGUCGCAGUCUCAAUAUCCUCGAGCUUGGAUCCGGAACCGGUCUAGUCGGAAUAGCCGCAGCCGCUACUCUCAGUGCUAAUGUCACGGUCACCGACCUCCCACACGUCAUCACGAACCUCCAGUUCAACGCUGAAGCGAACGCCGCCGUUUUGGCCGCGAACGGUGGGACCGUCCACGUGGCGCCGCUGAGGUGGGGAGAGGCCGAUGAUGUGAAUUUGAUUGGGCGAGACUUCGAUCUUGUACUGGCCUCGGAUGUAGUGUAUCACGAUCACCUCUACGGGCCUUUGCUCGAAACGCUACGGUUGUUGUUGCUCGUUGACUGCGAGGGUCAAAGUCAAAGUCAAACUGAAAAGAAAGAAACAGAAACAGUGUUUGUUAUGGCACAUUUGAGGCGGUGGAAAAAGGACUCGGUUUUCUUCAAGAAGGCAAGGAAGCUCUUUCACGUUGAGGUUCUUCAUGUGGAUCGACCCAGCCAGGGGUCUAGGGUUGGAGUAGUUGUUUACCGUUUUGCUAGGAAGCCUCAAAGUUUGAAUUCUGCAUUGGCAAACGUUAGCUUGACCUGAUGACUCAAUGUAGGAACUUUCAUUUUUGGUUUGUUUGUUGAAGAAAAUUGGAGUAUUCUGAAAA